AGUUUGCGAAUAGGCGGUGGUCCGCCAGCACCGCCACCCCCUCCGCCACUUCCCGGCAUGAAGGGCCCUCCACCGCCGCCUCCUCUCGGUAUGUCCAAAUCAGCACCAGCAACUCCUGAAAUACCGGAGUAUUUGAAGAGGAAAGCGCAACGAAGCGUUGAUGUACCGUUGAAGAAGAUCGCUUGGAGUUCUGCUACGAUCAAACCAACUCAGAUAGCGAAAGAUUCAUUUUGGGCGCAAACCUCAGAGGAGAAAUUCGCUAACGAAAGACUUUUCGAAACACUGAAAAUGAAAUUCGCAACAAGUCGUCCAGCAUUGCCAACAAACGACUCGGAACUUGCUAAGACUGCGAAUUCGAAGAGCCUUUCGAAGAAGAAAGUAAAAAUGCCACUGGUAAUCAAUGAUGAUAAAGUACUUCAGGCUUUGGCCAUUUUGCAAGGAUCAUGCAAAUUAUCACUGCGUGAGUGGAAACGCUGCUUAUUGGAAGUUGAUGAUAAGACAUUGGAUGCCGGUACAAUGCAACAGUUACGUACCGCAUUACCGCCCAUUGAAAUGUUGAACAAACUCAGAGAAUUGCCCGAGAAGAAAUUCAGUGAAAUGCCAGAGGGAGAACAGUUUGCGGCCACAUUAGCAUCGAUAAAAGCGCUACCGGCACGUCUUGAUUCAAUUGUGUUUAUGUUGAGAUUUAACGAGACCCUGAAUGAUCUCAAGCCGGGAAUAUCAGCAGUGAUCGAAGCUUGUGAUGAGAUUCGUACAUCGGCUGGUUUUGCGAUAUUUCUUCAAAUGGUACUUCUUGUUGGUAAUUAUAUGGGUCAUUCAUCAAAAACUUACAAAGAUGCGUUUGGAUUUGAAAUGACCAUCCUCACUAAGGUACGAAUGUGUUGCUUUUGUGAUUGA